AUGAUUGCUAUGAAGGUGAAGAAUAAAACGCCGAAGGACAGCAUGACGCUCUUACCUUGCUUUUAUUUCGUGGAGCUGCCUAUCGUGGCUUCUUCCAUUGUGUCCUUAUACUUCCUGGAGCUGACUGACCUGUUCAAGCCAGCCAAGGUGGGAUUCCAGUGCUAUGACCGCUCACUGUCCAUGCCCUAUGUGGAGACCAAUGAGGAACUGAUCCCACUGCUCAUGCUCCUGAGUCUAGCCUUCGCAGCACCUGCAGCCUCUAUCAUGGUAGGCGAGGGCAUGGUCUACUGCCUGCAGUCCCGGCUGUGGGGCCGUGGCCCAGGGGGCACAGAAGGCAGCAUCAACGCAGGUGGCUGCAACUUCAACUCCUUCCUCCGUCGCACAGUGCGCUUUGUAGGUGUGCACGUGUUUGGCCUGUGUGCCACGGCUCUGGUGACGGACGUCAUCCAGCUGGCCACUGGCUACCAUACGCCUUUCUUCCUAACUGUCUGCAAGCCCAAUUACACUCUGCUGGGUACUUCCUGUGAAGCGAACCCUUACAUCACUCAGGAUAUCUGUUCUGGCCACGAUACCCACGCCAUCCUGUCAGCACGGAAGACCUUCCCGUCCCAGCAUGCCACUCUGUCAGCCUUUGCUGCUGUUUAUGUGUCGGUAAGUGAUAACCCCCAAUGCUAACUUAUGCCCUUCCGUGGGCAGUAGCUACAACCUGACCCUGCCUACCUGUUGGCCCAGAUGUACUUCAAUUCAGUCAUCUCGGAUACUACGAAACUUCUGAAGCCCAUCCUUGUGUUCGCCUUUGCCAUUGCUGCCGGCGUCUGUGGCCUCACGCAGAUCACCCAGUACCGCAGUCACCCUGUGGAUGUCUAUGCUGGCUUUCUCAUUGGUGCUGGCAUCGCUGCCUAUUUGGCCUGCCAUGCAGUGGGCAACUUCCAGGCACCACCUUCAGAGAAGGUGUCUAUGCCAGCUCCUGCCAAGGACACCCUGCGAGUGCUGACACAACGGGGCCAUGAGUCCAUGUGUCAGCAGAACAAGUCUGUCAGCACAGAUGAGCUGGGUCCUCCCGGGAGGUUGGAGGGUGUGCCACGGCCUGUGGCUCGAGAGAAAACAUCUCUGGGCAGCCUCAAGCGGGCCAGCGUGGAUGUGGACCUGCUGGCCCCCCGCAGCCCCAUGGGCAAGGAGGGCAUGGUCACCUUCAGCAACACACUGCCCCGUGUCAGCACACCUUCACUGGACGACCCUGCCAGGCGCCACAUGACCAUCCACGUACCCCUUGAUGCCUCCCGUUCCAAGCAGCUCAUCAGUGAGUGGAAGCAGAAAUCUCUGGAGGGCCGUGGCCUGGGGCUGCCGGAUGAAGGUAGCCCUGUGCACCUGCGGGCCCCAGCAGAACCCAUGGCAGAGGAAGAGGAGGAGGAAGAGGAGGAGGAAGAGGAAGAAGAAGAGGAAGAGCACGUGCCACCUUCACUCUAUCCUACUGUCCAGGCUCGGCCAGGGCUUGGGCCCCGAGUCAUCUUGCCUCCAAGGCCAGGGCCCCAACCCCUUGUGCACAUCCCUGAGGAAGGAGUACAGGUUGGAGCUGGCUUGUCACCCAAGAGCAGCUCCUCCGUGCGGGCUAAGUGGCUGUCAAUGGCUGAGAAGGGUGGGGCCCCAGUGGCUGUGGCUCCCUCCCAGCCACUGGUGGCCAACCCACCUAGGCUACUGCAGGUCAUUGCCAUGUCCAAGGCAGCAGGGGGCCCCAAGGCAGAGACAGCCUCAUCGUCCAGUGCCAGCUCCGACUCCUCACAGUACCGUUCCCCAUCCGACCGUGACUCUGCCAGCAUUGUCACUAUUGACGCACAUGCCCCACACCACCCAGUGGUGCGCCUGUCCUCAGGCAGCACACCAUGGGAGUGGAAGGCCAAGGUGGUAGAGGGGGACGGCUCUUACGAGCUGGGAGACCUGGCGCGUGGCUUCCGAAGCAGCUGCAAACAACCUGGCAUGGGCCCAGGGUCUCCAGUCAGCGAUGUGGACCAGGAGGAACCUCGUUUUGGGGCUGUUGCUACCGUCAACCUAGCCACUGGGGAGGGCCUGCCCCCACCAGGUGCAAGUGAAGGGGCCCUGGGUGCUGGCAGCCGGGAAUCCACUCUGAGACGCCAGGUGGGUGGGCUGGGGGAUCGGGAAAUGGAGGCAGAGGCAGAGAGUUACUACAGGAGGAUGCAGGCCCGCAGAUACCAAGACUAAGCCUGGCACAGACCUCAGUGCGAGGGCGGGAGCACCUACAGCACCAAUAAAAAGGCUGAUGGUAACGA